AUGUCAUUUUCAUUGGUGUCGAGGCGCUGCUUCCUUCACUAUCUCAUCUUGUGUUGCUUUGGAAGAAUCUGGGCACGCUUCCGUUUUGACUUGAACUAUCCGCUGGUCGCCCAGGAAAACUCGGUUGAAGAACAAGUAGCAUCUCAUGAGGUCUUAGCCGGGCCGUCGUCAACUUGUCUGGCACCAAGCGUCACACGGCAUUCCAAUACAGGUUCGCGACGACGCAAGUUCCGUGACGAGGAGCCUUCAAACAUGAGUGCUUCUUCUUCGGCCCCAAGGGAUAACAUCGAGGCUUUGGCCAAAACAAAAGACAAGAAAGCACGUCUGGAUUUCAUUCCACAUAAAAUUUCUGACCUCGAUUAUUUUCAUUACAUGUCAGGUGCUAAAGCUUCAGUUGCGGUUGUCAGAGAAUGCCAGUUGAUUUUUGAAGAGAGGCUUAAUUCCAAAGAAUUCGAUUCCACUACGGCUCCUCCCGAGAAGGCGGACAUCCACCCAACUCUAAGAUUUGCCAUGAUGAAAUCUAGGUAUGGGAGGCCCGGUCGAGUGUUGAAAGUUCUGCCCAAAAAAAGUGCUCGCGUGCAAUCGCAUGCGACGUGGCGGAUACUUUUCAAGAAGUUGAUCACAUACAUCUACGAAUUACAUCAGGUAGUUUUAAUCAAAACGGGUAUGUCAGCACCCGCCCAAAGAUUUCAACACCAAAGCAUAUUCAAAUGGCUGCUGAAGGAGAUCUUCGACCCUGGUUAUAAAAUUCUUCCGGUCAUGGGUAUCAUACAAGAGCCAUACCCGGAUUGGAAAGGAGAUCGGCCCCUUGAGAGCUUUGGAAGAACGCAGAUUGAACUGAUAGAUUAUUUCUCUGGAGAAGGAGAACAUGAAGUGGCAGCAAAGAAGGCUGUCUAUCUGGUAGCAACUUACCAAGAGAAAAACUCAGCUGAAAAUUUGAUGUCAAUUCCUUCCUCAAAAAUUGUCCAUGAAGACCUGAUGGAAAAAACCAAAAGGAAAAUCUUGGCACCACGACCCUUCGACUUGAACCUUCCGCCAGUUGCGGAGGAAAGCUUUGUUGAACAAAAGGACGUUGUAGCUCAUGAGGCCUUGUGCGGGUCGCCGUCAAACUCUAUCACCACAAGCAUUACUCCACAGCCCUUGAAACACUCGAGAAAACGCACCCGUGAUGAGGAAUCGACGAGCCUGAAUACCUCAAACUCAGUGGCCAACAUCGAGAGGCUACCUGCGGAUGAGCCGAAAGGCAAGCAGGCACGUUUGAAUCUCAUUCAGCCUGAAAUAUCACACCUGAAUGGUUUUAAUUACUUUAAAAAUACCAAAGCUCCGGUUGCGGCUGUCAGAGAAUGCCAGAGGAGUUUUGAAGGGAAGAUCAGUUCACCAGGAUUUGAUUGCUCUACGACAAACGAGACAGCGGAAUUCCAUCCGAGUCUACGGUUUUCCAUGAAUCAUCCUAAACACGCGGCGAUGACAAGCCGAUUGCUGAGGGUUCUUUCCCAAGGAAAAGAGAAUCGUGUGCAGUCAGUGAGUGCGUUGAAGGUACUUUUCAAGAAGUUGCUCACAUACGUCUACGAGUUGCAUCAGACCGUUCUGAACAAAUCGGGGAUGACAGCACCCGCCCAGAGAUUGCAGCACCAGAGACUAUUCAAAUGGCUGCUGAAGGAGAUCUUUGAACCCGAUCAUAACAUCCUUCCAGUGAUGGGGAGAAUUCAGCAACCUUACCCGGAUUGGAAAGGAGAUCAGACUUUUGAGCGACUCGGAGCAACACAGAUAGGCCUCAUAGAUUAUUUCUCCGGCAAAGGGGAGCAUGAAGAGGCAGCGGAAGAGGCCGCCAACCUAGUAAAAAUUUACCAAGAGCAGCAUCAAGAGGAAUACUUAUCCCCAAGUGCUACCUCACACGCCAUCCAUCAAGAUCUGAAGAAAAGCACUCAGGAAGUAAAUUUUGGGAAAUGCUUGGACUCCCUACAAAAUAUGAUUGAACAAAUUCCAGCAAACAAACUACACCAGUAUCUUUUGCUUUAUAACAAUCGCAGCCACAAGCUGAUCACGGACUACUGCUCAUUUUUCAAGAGCCAAACAGAAAAACACAACUUGUUGUCCAACAUUGGGAGGAGUACGCAUCCCUCAUUGCCAUUGGCUGGUUACUUUUUAAGAGAAACACCAAAUUACGCCUAUGUUCAAGUACUUCAGAAGAGUUCAUCAAAGCCAGCAACAAAAUUCAUCAAGAGAGUAUUCAAGAGGCUUCUCAAAUCAAGUAAUAAACUCCAACUAACUGUUCUGGAAUCAAUGAAAACUGGGAAACCAGACGCUCAUACCAUGCUAGGACACUUUUGCCAGUGGCUCAGUCACAAGAUGAUGCAACCAAAAUCUAGCACCUUUCUGCCUAUCAUGGGUUUUGCCAAAGUCCAGGGGAUUGUUGCGCCUUGGGAGGAAUUUGGAAAUGAAGGGCGGACGUUGUUUGACCCGUUUCAGCUGGAAUUGAUUGAUUUUUUUUCUGGGGGACAGGGCCUGGAAUCAAUUGUAUCUCAUGCUUUGUCCAGCUUCUACCAAGAAUGUUACCCCGAUAUUUUCCUUCAUUUGGUCCACAUCUCCACUGGUAAAGAAGCUUGA